AUGGCUGAAUGUGUGUGUACGUGCUAUGGUGCAGGGCUCAAGCCAAAGGGCUACGAGGGCAUGUUCAACACGGUGCGGACGGAGGUGAAACAGCUGAAGGAGCAGGGCACCUGGGAGGAGCCGACAGAUGACAUGCGGCAGAAGGCCGACAAGGAAGCCAGGGAGAAGGCCUUGGCAAUCUUUGGGCGCAUCAAGCAGAAGGCGGGUUUCGUGGACAAGAAGAAGGAUGACACAGAGCAGGGCGGCAAUGCAGCUGCCGCCGAAACACCAGCUGGUGCCGAAGAGGUAGCCCCUGUCCAAGUUCCACGACAGCAAGAGCAGCAGAACCCCGCCAACCCGCCGACCAGUGAUGAGGGUGACGGGACAGCUGCAGAGAUGGGUGAGAACCCCACUACGGAGGAGGGAGAGGUGGUGGAACGAAAGAAUCCCCGUGGCAGGAAGCCGGCAGGAAGCCGACAAUCAGCUGGCUGUAGGAAGCGAAAGGAACCACCCCCAGCUGAGGCUGGUGCAGAGCAGGCAAAGACCAGCCGCCGCCGUCGAGGGUCAGCUGAUCCACGGAUAGGCAGUGGGCCACAGGUGGCCCAGCCGCAGCCUGUGUUCACCACCACUAAGGGGCAGCAACUCUGCUCUCCCAUGGCUACUUUGGGCUUGAGCAUCAUCAUCAGAGGGCUUGCUCCAUAG